AUGCCUCCUCCACACCGACAGCUGCACCGGUGCGCAGCACCUGCGCUCUUGGGCGGCAACGGACAGCCGUCGCGGCAGAUGGCAACACGUACCAUCUACUACCUGCCGAAGAUUCAUCAUCCAAGCACCUCUGAAGCGAGCGAUAACUACAAUGCGACUUGCAUCGCGUCAGAGGAGCCAUCGCACGCUACAGCCGUACACAUUGUCGCUCGAGAGGAACACGAUUCCACUGACAGUGAUGAAGGCGCAGCGGAGCACGUAAUUUUGUGUGGCGCGCCGCCGACUGCGCCACACCUCGCAAACACGGCUAUGCAAGAUCGAGAAGGUGGUGGGGUGGCGCACAUGUCAAAGCGGUACCUGCGUCCAUACGAGGAGGAGGACUAUGUCGCUGUACUAGCGAAGGCCACCGAAGCAGCAGCUGCUGACGAGGCAGCAACAGCUGCGCUUCUACAAGGGGAGCUGGAUGGAGCUGCCGCGUUUACUCGGAAGCACGAGCGAAAAAACGCAGCGAAGGUUGACACCGAUGUCUGGCAGGGGCGCGGCGAUACAGAAGAGACGAGUCCACGCCUAGACGUGGGUGAUAGAAGAUCUGGAUCUGGUCGCACAGCGAUGGAAGAAAAUCGAAGAGAUUAUAAUGCCUCAGAGUACGCUGGUUAUACUAGUCGUCGUCAUUGUCUCCCAGCACAGAAGAAGCGCAGGUGGGAGUCGGCACCCACGCCUGCGUCUUGCGCUGCUGCUGCUGCUGCGUUUGGUUUUCAAGGAAGGGGCAUUGCCGUAGUCGCAGAAAAGAAGGGCGUUGCUGUGGCAGUGCAGAGCCGUCCUCAGGACUCCAGUACUAUGGAGAGCACGUGCCCCUCACCCUUGACUCUGUUACUGUCCUCCCCCGCCUCCACGAGGCGCAGCGAGGCAAGUGCGCCGAUGUCGUCAGCGUGGGCGACACGGUGCCGUGGCGGGGGUGACAGUGAUUACGAGGGCGAUGCCUCGUUUUGGGGUUCCACCACCUCCACUUCCACCGCUGCGGUCUAUAACGACACUCCCGAAGAGGAUGGACGCGGUGGUCCUCUGCAAGGGGCCCUCGCCGAGUUUGAGUCGCACACUGCUGUUUCCAUCAGCGGUCCGCAGCUGGCGAUACCAACGCACCUUUCGAUUCAACAGAGCCAAGAUGGCGGUGACAGUGGUGAGGUACUACGAGACCGUUCGCUCACCACGGUACCAUUGUCAAGUCGCAGGCAACUGACCGCAGCACUCGCGCACCGGCGCAGCAACAAGAUCACCAGCCUCACGAACUUUUACCUAGAGCCCCGCCACCGUCGACACGCGCAGUACAUGGCGUUCCGUGAUCUGCCGCAAGCGACAUGGACAAUAGCGUCACCGAGCUCGUGCACAUCAUCCAGCGCGUUUCUCCAGCUGUUCCUCGCACGUCCUUCUUUGCGUGCUGUGGCUUGCGAGGUGAAGUGCAGUACAGCCUCGCGCAUGGCCAACGAUGAAGGGGGUGUGACAUCGCGGAUCUGGUCGAUCAUCACAAAGUACUGUGCUGCCCAUCAGCCGCAACAGCAGCAGGCGCAUCCGCGUUCGUCUCUUUAA